UUUUUUUUUUACUUUGGAAUUCCCAACGAUAUUGAAAUAUGCUCACCACCAAUCGACAUAGCGAUCAAGAAUCAAAUACUUCAACAUAUACUAAUAACUCAAAAGGAAAGAAACAAGAAACCAUACCAUUUAGAAAAUUAGUGUCUGAAAAAAAUAAAGAAAUAGAUGAAUUGGAACAAGUAAAAAAUAUACUUCAACAACAUAUGCCACAACUAGUAAAAAUGUCUUCUUCUGGUUCAAUAGAAUAUUCAAGAGCAGUGAUAGCAUUGAAAUUACUUGGGGAUUUGAUGGAUGAAUGUAUUUAUGAUGUAUUAUCUCAAGUACAUCGUGAUGUGAAGUUAUCUAAAAGCAAAUGUCAAUCAUGUCAAACAAAAUGUCGUUGUUAUGUUAUGGAACCAGGCUAUGAUGUUUUUGGCAACAAUUUCAAUAUGAACAAUAUUCCACCUCAUGAAUGUGUCAACUGUCACAAAAUGAUAUUUACCAAUAGAUAUGCACCUCAUCUGGAAAAAUGUUUAGGUUUGUCAGGUAGACAUUCAAGUCGUGUUACAAAUCAAAAUGAAAUGGAUGUACAAGACAAGAAACGAAAAUUGGGCAACAAUCUCAAAUAUAGUGUACCUUCAGAUACUGAACUACCGCAGUCCAAAAAGAAGAAAAGACAUGAAGUGUCUUCAUGAUCUAUUAACAGCAACCUCUCUUCAAGAAUUUAUAGUAUGAUUUUUUUUUUUUAGUUUAUUAUUGAUAUAUUGUGACUGAUUCGUUGAAUAAAAGCGACAUGUUGAUAGUGAUG